UUUUUCGCCACUUUUUUUUUGUGGAAUAUUCUCCCAUCAGAAGACUAGAUUGCCUAGGACUUCUUUUGGUCUUGGUGCUCUACGCUUACUCUGGAGGUUCCUUUAGCACACAAUAUCCCCAGAUUUCGUCAUUUUUGGAUCUGUGGGUAGCAUUCUAGGGACCACAUCCGACUAACUGGGACGUUUCCGUUCGCUUGUCCGUGGGUUUUUGAGGGGUCCAAUUAUUUUUCCCCCACCUCGGUCUCCCCUUUUUGUCUUAAAGAAUCAUUUCGACCGGGCACUUUUUUUUGGCUGGAAAUAGCCUUCGCAACUGGUCGCGUGCUCAAAGAGAUAAGCCCUUGAGCCUCCGUAUCUUGCCUUUCACGUGGAGAUACCAUUCUUCAAAAACCACAGAUUCAUCCAAUACGGCAAAGGGCUUGGAUAUCAACUCUUUGACCAAGGCCUUGCACGCAAGUGGAACCGUUGUCGGCUCCCCGCCAGACGGAACACAUCUGAAACAGUACCGGGCUUACAUGUCCCAAAAGCCCAUUACGCAACCAUCAUUCACCAUGCCUUCUCUGGAGGAUCACUCGAUUCUCAAGAAUCGCGAGGACCAAGCGCAAUCCAGACCCGAGGAAGAUCCCCAGGGUCUAUUCCACCAAGUAUUCGAAUGGCUUCAUCAUGAGAAAGCCAGACGACAGAAUCGUAAAGCACGCAAAGCCGAAGCAACCUCCCAUGCAACAAACGAAAAUGAGCCAACUGAAGAAGAUGGCGUUUUAGAAAGACCCAGCUCGGACACCUCAAACACCUCGGAGAACACCUUUUCCCUGGAUAAACUGGAAAAAAUCCUCCUCCAAUAUGCGACUGCCCGGCCUAGAAGUGCAAUGGGUUUGCUCCACAAACAACCUGUUAAACGGCAAUCUCGACAUCGUCUUAGAGGCCUACGAAGAGGCUCGGCAUCCGAGUCCGAACUCACAGAUGUCGACGGGGCCCCGCCAAGCGUGGAAGCUUUCCUUGACAAUACAAAGACGCUUGCCUACACAGGUGGCGCUGCAGUAGAAGAGAACACCGACUCCAGUGCGAGUGUGAAACAAGCAAAGGAUGCAGAGGCUUGGCUGGUUUUCAAGACCGAGAUCGUGCGUCUUGUGCACACUUUGCAACUGAAGGGCUGGCGCAGGGUUCCCGCGGAUUUGGCAGCAGAGAUUGAAGUGGUUAGGCUCAGCGGUGCUCUCACAAACGCCGUGUAUGUAGUUGGACCACCAAAGAAUCUGCCUCCUCCGAAGACCGAUAGCAACACUCUGGUUUCAAGGAAGCCCCCACCGAAACUUCUCUUGCGUAUCUACGGUCCUCAAGUCGACCAUCUAAUCGACCGAGAGAAUGAGCUGCAAAUUCUUCGUCGCCUCGGAAGGAAGAACAUUGGCCCACGCAUUCUCGGAACGUUCCGUAAUGGCCGAUUCGAAGAGUACUUUGAGGCUCGCCCACUCACUCCCAAGGAGCUGCGGAUGCCCGAAACAGCGAGGCAGGUUGCCAAGCGGAUGAGAGAAUUGCACGAUGGCGUUGAACUACUUGAAGAAGAACGCGAAGGCGGACCUAUGAUCUUCAAGAACUGGGAUAAAUGGGUGGACCGUUGCGAGCAAGUGAUGACCUGGCUGGAUAAAGAAAUCCAAUCCCCUCAAAAUGAAGCCAAAGCUGCAUUGGAACCAUGGCGUCGCCGCGGCUAUGUUUGCGGCGUAACGUGGGACGUGUUCCGCAAAGCCGUGGAGAACUACCGGCUUUGGCUGGUUGCCAGCUCUGGUGGAACUGCCGAGAUCAAGCGACAGUUAGUGUUUGCGCACAAUGAUACUCAAUAUGGCAAUCUACUUCGCAUGGAGCCGGCCACGGAGUCACCGCUACUUUUGCCUGCAAAUGAACACAAGCAGCUGAUCGUCAUCGACUUUGAGUACUCUUCGGCCAAUACACGUGGACUCGAGUUCGCCAACCACUUUACCGAGUGGUGCUACAACUACCACGACGAAGAACGCUCAUGGGCUUGCAACAACCGCAACUACCCAACAUCGGAGCAGCAGUACCAUUUCGUGUCGAACUACCUUACCCACCGACCUUCCGGCGCCGGUGGACCUAUUUCACCUCUGUCCUCGCCGACCAUUCGCGCUCGCGCUCCUGUUGCGAUUGCACCAUUGGACUUGGACGAGGUUUCAGAUAGACCUAGCUCUCGGCUUUCACAGAAUGAGCAGUCUAAAGAGGCUGAACUUGACACUGAGGUGCGGACACUCAUGCAGCAGACCCGGAUGUGGCGGGCGAUGAACUCCGCGCAGUGGGUAGCUUGGGGUAUCGUCCAGGCCAAGGUGCCUGGCAUGGAAGAAGGCAUUGCCGAGAUGCUUGCUGCUCGCAACGGGCCAAGCGAAAUCGGCAAUGGCGAUGACACUAAGACGCCGACUGUGGAUGCGGAUGUCGACGAAGAAGAUGACGGGGACUUUGACUAUCUUGCUUACGCGCAGGACCGAGUCAUGUUCUUCUGGGGUGAUCUGCUGUCACUGAAUUUGAUCAAACCAGAGGAACUGCCUGCGCCUCUAUUGGAGCACAUCAAGUCGCGGCUUCUCGCAUACUAAGGAUUGGAUGGAGAACUAACGAUAAUCUUGAGGACGGAGACUUGCUCAUACACAUUAUCAUGGUUUACAAUGCGGACGCCAUUACAUAGCUAGCACUGCAUCAAAUCGGUGAUUUAUCACAACUACAUGUAUCUACUACACUUUAACUAGCGUUGGGGUUUCAACAUCAUCAUCGAAUACCAUAUCUUGC